CGAUUGCGCAAUGGAGUCCAUAUCGAGGAUCUCCAGCAUGCUGGAAACAGCUCGCGACCUCACGCUCGAGGCAGCUAGAGAUGCCAGCUAUAUCCGCAAGACUUCCACUCGGCCUCUGCCAGCCGCCCAGCUCAAGAAGCUGCUGGAUAGCCGCACAGAAAGAGAUGUGCUUGAGGGGUUACGGAAAGUGAUUACUAUGGACUACCGCAAUCAACCCACCCUCCCCUUCUUCACCUCCGUAAUCAAAAACGUCGCGUCCCCCUCCCUCGAAGUCAAAAAGCUCGUCUACAUCUAUCUCCUCCACCAUGCCGAAGCCGAGCCCGACACCGCCCUGCUAGCUAUAAACACGAUCCAAAAGUCGCUCGCCGACUCAAAUCCCCAGGUGCGGGCCCUCGCCCUACGCGUCAUGUCCGGUAUUCGUGUGCCCGUCAUCUCGCAGAUUGUGAGCCUGGGCAUCAAGAAAGGCGCGGGGGAUAUGAGUCCAUAUGUCCGGAGAGCGGCUGCGCUCGCAGUACCGAAGUGCUAUGCGUUGGAUCCGAGCACAUUACCGCAACUGCUGGAAUUUCUCGCGACGCUGUUGGGGGAUAAGCAGUAUUUCGUUGCUGGAGCGGCUGUAGCUGCGUUUCUGGAAGUGUGCCCAGAUCGAAUAGAUCUGAUACACCCACACUACAGGAGUCUGAUACGGAAACUGGUCGACAUGGAUGAGUGGGGACAGCUGGCGACAUUACGGCUCAUGAUGGUAUAUGCACGGAAAUGCUUCCCAAGACGGACACGACGAGUGAAGAAGACCAUCGUCUCAAGCACUACUAAUAAACUAACCACGAAAACCACAAAAGGCUUCUACGACAGCGACUCCGACUCCCCCGACUCCGAAUCCUCCGAAUCCUACGAAAAAAUCCAAGUCCUAGACCCCGACCUCGAGCUCCUCCUCAAAUCCGCCUCCCCCCUCCUCCAAUCCCGCAACUCCGCCGUCGUCAUCGCCGUCGCGCGCUGCUACCUCUACCUAGGCACGCCCGCCCACCUCGAUGCCGCCAUCGGGCCCCUCAUCUCCCUCCUCCGCUCCGCAGCCGACAUCCAGCACAUCGCCCUUUACAACAUCGUGCAAGUAUGCCUCGCGCGGCCCCAGCCCUUCGUGAGCCACUACACCCACUUCCUCGUCCGUAGUACCGACGCGCCGCACAUCUGGCGGCUAAAACUCGAACUCCUGACCCUAAUCUUCCCCCACGCGCCCCCGCGACUCCAGUCCCUCAUCCUCGCCGAGCUCUCCCACUUCUCCCGCAGCAGCGGCUCCCAGGACCCGGGCCUCGUGCGCGAAGCCGUGCGCGCCAUCGGCCGCUGCGCGCAGAGCUCCGCGACCUCUCCCCGGACCUCAGCGCGCUGUCUGCGCCUCCUGCUCGCGCACAUCGGCUCCGCGGACGCCCACCUCGUCGCCGAGAGCCUCGAGGUGAUCCGCCACCUGAUCCAGCGCGACCCGGACGCGCACCGCACGACCGUCGUGCGCCUCGCAAAGCACCUCGACGCCGCCACCAGCGCCCAGGCACGCGCCAGCAUCAUCUGGCUCGUCGGCGAAUUCGCAGGCGUCGACCCGGCGAACAACAUCGCGGCCGACGUGCUGCGCAUUCUCGCAAAGGGCUUCGCAGACGAAGCGGAGGCGGCCAAGUUGCAGAUUGUAUUGCUAGCUGCGAAAGUCUACGUGCACUAUCUAGACGCGAACCCGCCUCCUGACCCACCUCAGACACAGCCAAAAGCUUCGCCGUCGCUACUGGAUGGACUGGACGAUGACAGCGGGUUCCGCGACGUCGAGGUCCCGCAGCAACAGAAAGAACCCGAGAAGAAAGACAUGUAUCCGAUACCGGCGCUGUAUCACUAUAUCCUUCUACUCACCCGCUACGACACAUCCUACGACCUGCGCGACCGCGCCCGCGUCUACCGCGCCCUCCUCGCCACCCCGUCAUCAACACAGCUCGCGUCGCUGCUGCUCCUAGCGCCGAAACCCGUCCCGCAGACCCCGAGCCCCAGCGAGGCGCGCAAGGGCUACACCCUCGGCAGCGCGAGUCUAGUCGUCGGGGACGAGGGCGGCGUCGGCGGGCUACGGGGGUACUCGGACCUGCCCCCCUGGGUAGCGGAGGGCCAGGAGCCGGACGCGCGGCUGCGGGAUGAAGUGGUGAGUUCGAGUCGGGACUACGAGCCCAUGGCGUCGCGAAGCCAGACGGCGAGUGAGCGGUUGGAUAGCGCGGUUAGUGCGGUGCCUACCUCUGCCUAUAGUCGGUCGCCUGCUGGGGAUACGGGGCUGGCGCCGAAGAAGGCGAGCGCGAAUGGGGUUAAGGAGAAGUCGUUGGAUGAUUGGCUGGCGGAGGACGAGGAGAGCGAGGAGACGGAGACGGAGAGUGAGGAGGAGGAGAGUACGGAGGAGGAAGAGACGGAGAGUGAAGAGGAGAGCGAGGAGGAGGGGGAGGGGGAUCGGUUGGUCAAGUCGUCGUAGACUAGACGAAGAGAAUUGCAUCGAAUUCGUGCUACUGUGGUUACUUUGCCCUUGAGAUAAUAGAAAUGAGCGAGUCCCUUUGACAGUUCGUCAAAACUCGAUCAAUCA